GUUCCGCACUGACCUGAUACAAAAUAAAUGCGUAGAAGCAACGGUUACGUCGUAGUAAGCAAAAAUCGACACACACUUUAAAAGCCGCUACAGAAUCGAUAUUCAAAUAUGGCAGACAAUUCUCAAGCCAAAAAGAAAACUGAUUACCCAGCUCAAAAGCCUGGGAUAAUAAAAAAGAUUGAAGACAAAUUGGAGAAAGUCGGUGAUGUUAUUCAGGAAAAAAUAGAAGCAGCCGGAAAUUUUCUCGAGAGUGAAUGGAACAAACACAACUUUGGUCCAGCCCUGGCCAAUUUCGUAACUGGAGCUCAAAUCCAGCUCAUUUCCAAAGCCAGUGGACAUUCGCUCCACAUUGUGCAGGAUCCGUCUGGUGAACUGAUAGUGGAGGGUAAAGGGGACAUCGGGCCACAGGCCUGGAAUUCGAUAUGGACUGUAUUCAACGACGGAAACAACCAAGUCCAUCUUUACAACUACAAUAAUUUUCUAGGAAUUGUUGAUGGAGAAACUAAAGUCAUCCAUGUGGAGACUGGAGCCCAAGUGCCAGUUGAAGCCAAGCUUCAGUUGGUGUUGAGUGGGGAACUAAUGGUAUCUCUUCAAUCAACUGUGGAACAUGGUCGAUGCAUUGGUAUCAAUGCAGAUGGUACCCUCUUAUCGCCAAAGCAUUGUUUCGCCUCUGACGAACAUUCUCUUUUUGGAAUUCUUCUGUUUAAAACCACGGGUCAACAAUUACUUGAGCAGAAUAAAGAAGAGAAAAAAGACCAACCAAUGGAACAAGCUGAAGAGAAAAAAGAUCAACCAAUGGAGCAAGCUGAAGAGAAAAAGUGAAAGUAAACCUUUCUUUUCCAUGCGACCAGCAUUUUGUCAUCGAAUUCCAUUAAUGUCCGUGGAACUAACAAAGUAUUAGUGAAAAUCAGUUGUUUGAAAGGGAUUCACGAAAUACUCGACAUUGACUUGUGUUGUUUUGUUUAUUUAUUUUUUAUAUAUUUAUAUAUAUAUAUAUAUAUAGCUGAGGUGUUUCCUUUUUUAAAAGUUAUGAAAAAGCAUUUUUAAAAUUUAUGUUCAGAUAAUUAUAUUUCGGAAGAUUUUUAAUAUUCAAACACAUUAAACCAUGUUUACAAUAAAAAAUAUAUGUAUGUAUACAUGAAUGUUCAUUUUUUUUAAUUAUAACUUGUUUAAUAUAAGUUUUAUGUAUUAUUUUACUGCACUACUUACAACUACCUCUUGAAAAAUAAAUAAUUAAAAUGAU